AUGGUCAACUUCGACAUCUUCGAUCUGAUCCGCUCCGGCGACGCCGAGUGGCUCCGCGGCGACAUCCUCUCCUUCACCGAGAACGGCCUGGAAUUCAACCAGCGCGCCAAGGGCGUCCCAAAGCUCGGCCCAGGCAAGACAGUCAACGUCGACGCCGACAUCGUCAUCCUCGCAACCCGCUUCGACCGCCCCUCUCUCUCCUUCCUCCCGAGCGAAACCUUCGAGGCCCCCUACGGACCACCAAACUGGUAUCUCAAGACCUUCACACCCCAGCACCCGAGCGUAUGCAUCAACGCCAUCGGCUCCGUGGGCAACUGGCACAUCGGAAUCUACACCCGCAUCCUGUUGAUGUUUCUCCUGGACCCUUUGACGCGGCCGCGCCCGUAG